AUGGCAGAUUUAGAUUCACGUAAAAGAACGAAGUGUAGUGGUUCCUGGAAAAGGCCGCAGUUUCGAUCAUGGAUCUGGUGUAUACUAAUAAAGUGUUUUAUAAGUUUACCCUGCAUUUUUUCGAAAUGUCUCGGAGUAGAUAUUACAGUUGCUGUUUAUCCGAAUGGUGGCAUUACAGUUCCUUAUGGUGAAGAUUUAGAAAUAUUUUGUAUAGCUGAAAACUAUUCAUCAAGUGACAUUGAAUUUACGCUUGCUGGUAAACAUCUCGAAUCAGAAAUAGUCAAUAGUACAACACGCAGAUUGUAUAUCAAAAAACCUGAAAAGCAAGUAAAUUCAUAUUACUGUAAAAAUAAUAAAACUGGAAAAAUUUGUACUUCUCGAGUACUUGUUGAGAGUCCACCUGCAGAUGUAACAGAUUUUAAUUGCAUGUCAAAAAAUCUUGAAGUUUUGAAUUGUUCAUGGACAAGCCCCAGAUCUUAUAGUAAUAUUAAUUACAAUGUAACAUUUUCUGAUAAUGGAAACAUGGUAGGUCCUCCAUGUGUUGCUAAAAAAGUUGACAAUAAAGCUACCAGAUACUGCUGGUGGAAUACAAGUAGUCAGCCUAGAUACAGGCAGCUAAAAGAGGAACAGUUCUUUUAUUUGAGAGCUUGCAACGUUUUUGGAUGCAACAGCCAAAAUUUCACCAUAGAUCACUUUGCUAUUGUUAAACCCGAUCCUCCCAUAGAUUUAAAAGUAGUAAAAAAUGGAACUCAUAGUGUUGUCUUAAAAUGGCGAGUGCCUAAUAAUAUGGCUGAUUUCUUAGAAUGUGGAGUUGAACAUAUCAUUGAGUAUCAAAUAGCUAAGAUUGAUAAUAGAACAGUUUUUCAUAGAGUGGAUGCAUCUAAUUUACCAUUAAAAAAUAAAACAUAUAGGUUUCAUUUAACAAAUCUACCUUAUGCUCAUAUGCAGUAUGAAGUUAGAGUAUAUAUCAAAUCAAAGAAAGCAGUUAGAAGAGAAUUUUGGUCUGAUCUUAGUUACUAUGUAUUUUAUACAGAAAGUGAAAGACCGAGCAGACCACCAGACACAACAGCAGGAGCAUUUGAUCAUGCCACAUAUAAUAAUAGAAGGGUUAUUUAUGUUUAUUGGAAACAACUGGAGGAAUAUGAGGAGGCAGGUGCAAAUUUUACAUACAAAGUGCUUGUGUCACAGGGAAAUAAAACAGAAACAGUGUUCCCAGAUAAAAAUAAAAGUCUCAGCUAUGUUAUUUUAAAUACUACUCUAAAUGCUUUAGAUGUUACUGUGUGGUCAUUUAACAUAAAUGGAUCUUCUCUAACUAGUAGUCAUCUAUAUAUUCCACCAGAAAAAGAUACAAAUUCAUUGAAACUUUCCUCGUUUACCAAGCUAGCCUAUGAAAAUGGCACAUAUGAGCUUUCAUGGGUUGGAAUCAAAAAUAUUGAUAAUUACACACUUUUUUGGUGUCAACAUAACUCUACAAAAAUUUGCACCGGGAGGAUGGAUUUUGCCAUUCUUGAACCAUACAAAAAUAAACAUGUAAUUGAUUUACCAAGAGAACAUAGGUAUCAGUUUGCUAUUUCUGCGAAUAAUGGAUCAAAAACUAGUGGGAUGGUUUGGGCCAAAUGUGACAUAUCAAGAGAAGGAUUUGUUAUGUAUGGUUUUCCUGUACAUUUAAAUUAUGAUGUUCCCGGUAAAUCCUAUGCUACUUUAAGGUGGGUAAUGGAUUGUGCCCUACAAGAUGGAAUUAUAACUGGUUACAACAUAAGCUAUUGUCCAAUUGUUCAAACAAGCAGCAACUGUGACAAAUCUGUAGAAAACAAGUAUGUUUUCAUACCUAAUCCAAAACAGACAUUUGUCACUAUUAAGGAUUUACUUCCCUUUAGAACUUACCAGUUCAGUUUUGCUCUCAAUACUAUUUAUGGGCAAAAAAAUACUACUGCUACUGCUGUUAUAACUACAUCAGAAGACACACCAACUAGUCCUAUAAAUGUCAAAAUAACUGAUAUAAGAAAUGAUUCUUUGGUAAUUUCAUGGGACCCUCCUCUUCAAAGAAAUGGCAAUAUAGGGAAGUAUGUCAUUUACAACUUUGGUAAGGAAAUUCAUGUGGAGAAAGUUUCUGAGACCGAUACUGAUAGGAAAGAAGUAAAAUUGCUCGGAUUACAAGGUUAUACUAAUUAUUCUUUGACGGUGCAAGCUUGUAAUAUUCCUAUAAAUCUCUGCUCAACAAUUGGACAUAAUAGUGCUAUAUUAGUAAGAACAGGAAUUGGAGCACCUAGUAGAAUUAAGGCCCCAACCGUAAAGAACAACCCUGAUAAGCUUCAAUGGGAACCACCUAUCAUUCCCGGUGGAACAGUGGAUCUUUACCAAAUUAGAAGAAUUAAAGAUGAAGUGCAGUCUGAAAUAAUAAAUGUAACAGGAUUAGCCCAUUCAUUAACACAUUGUGAAAAUGUUGUCUCGACAGAAACUUAUGAAGUAAGAGCUGUCAACUUUGAUUAUGACUUGUAUCAUGGUGUGCUAGGAGAUGGAAAUGUAACAUUACCUAAAAGAGCUAAAAACGAAUCUUAUAAUGAGUAUCCCGGACCAUGGAGUGAACCAACAACUGUAGCUUGCAGGAGCAAAGACUUCCUGACAAUGAUUGUAAUAUUUUUCUCAAUAUUUGCAUUAGUUGGCUUUGUGUAUGCUUUGAUUAAACUAUACAAAAAAUACAGAAAGAUGGAAGAUAUUAAGCCAGUUUUGCCAAAUGGAUUGGGAAUACCUGAAAAAGAUAUUUCAAAAUAUACUUUUGGUGGUUGGAAUCCUGCAACCAAAGACGAAAAACCAUCAUCAGAUGAGAUGCUAUUAUUGCCCAAUACUAAAACUGUAGUUUCAUCGCCAGAUGUUAAACAAAAAGAAGAAAACUGCGCGGCCAGCGACCAGACAGAUAGUACAGCGUUGUCUGAUUCAUCGCGGGGACCGGUAGACAGACAAGUAUCUACGUCAGAUGAAGGUUCUAAUUCAUCUUUCCAUAUGGAACAAGAAUCGCAAAAAGCUGACGAAAAUAACGAAGCACAGGAAGAAGAUUCAUCUACUGUAGAUACUGAAAGUUCAAGAGAAAACUCUCCAUAUUUUAGUGAUAAAAACUUUAAGAAAAACUCAACAAGUGGCUAUGUUCAACACGUUGUUAAUCCUGCAUCAGGUUACGUGCAAUCAGCCCCUGCACCAACACAAGUAAAAGUUGGAUCUCAACCUGCUAGUACCAGUUAUGUAAUGGCUGGAUUACCGCCUCCUGUAUUUACUACGAAUACAACGUCGCCACCAGCCACAAAUCCUACACCUUCUUCUGGAUAUGUUCUUCCAGAGGAAGCUCAAGCAAGAUCUAUGAUGAAUUUCCCCAAAUUAGGACCAUUACCUCCAAAGAUGAUUGGACCGGAAAGCUUGCCCACAAUGCCCACCUUGCCACCGCCCACAAAACACUGCCCUGACAGUAGUUACAUCCAACUGCAAUCGCUAGAUUCUUUGCCUAGUCUUAAGACAAACAUACGCAAUCCUGUGCCAUUAAAGCCGCCGGCUUCAAGUGGAUACGUUAGCCCAGCGGAUGUUGUCAUCAACAAGCAUCUUAAUAAUAUGCUUUCUGCUAGCCAACUUGCCGAGGAGCCUGCCAUAUUAGACCCGACGAUGUCUCCCGACGCCUACUGUCGGUUCUCGUGGAGCACUGACCCCGCCAAUGAUAACUUACACACGCUGCUCGCCGACUCACCCACGCGGCAGUCCAAGAAU